AUGGAUUGGGAGUCAUUAUCUCUCUAUCCUCCGAUGGAUGUGUACGAUUACUACACGUCACGGUUAUCAAUUGCUUGCAAUGAGAUUUUAUCACGAAUCCGAGAUCACAGCUAUGGGCUGGAUGCAUAUUUCCUGGAAUCGGUUAUCGAUCGAAUAUUCAAUGAUCCGCAGAUCGACCUGCUGUCGGUGCUGCCGCGACCAGUUUCUGAUGUGGGAGUGGAAUACGAUCAAGUAGUCGAAGUGGUCGGCACGAAAUCAGUUGCUUUCAAGGUUCCUUUACAGUCCUCUCAUUGGCUGUAUUCUCGGGACUAG